AUGCCUUCCGACCAAAGUACUUGGCUGAUUUCUAUCCCACUGAAUGGAGAUUCGGAAGGCGUUCACCAGGAGAUCACCCAUAAGGUCAUCCAACAGUUGAAAACCUACCCUCCUAACUCGAUUUCACAAUUCAGCAUACCGUCAUUCAAGACAGGAACAUUAGAUCUGCUUAUUGCUCUAUCCGAAGACCUUCCGAAGCAAGAGACGUACUUUACCGUUACUGUAGCGAAGGUUGUCGACACUUUGCGAAAUCUGUUAAACAACGAUCCUACAAGACUAGCACAACACAUCUUAGUGAACGAGAGGAGCGUUGAUAACUACGUUCUCGGCAAUUGGAAAUGGAACGAAGGCCGGUACGGCGUGCAGAAGGGACUCAGAGAGAUGGUUGAUACGCUCAACAAGGAAAUGACAUCGAUUGACAACUCUAUGCGAGCAAAGCUGACAAAUUACAACCUGGUGAAAGGUUCUUUAGUACAGAUGCAGCGAAAGAAGACCGGAAACCUUUCCGUUCGUUCUUUGGUGGAUGUCGUGUCUAAGGAGGACUUCAUAGGCGACUCUGAAUAUCUCGAAACGGUCCUUGUUGCUGUCCCUAGGCAAGUUUUGUCGCGGGAACAAGUGAUGGUCGUGGAUAACUUACAUGCGUAUAGAAAUUUGGUCAAGGACUGGAAUUCUAAAUACGAAAGAUUGGCGUCAAUGGUGGUACCUCGUUCAGCCCAGCCAAUCGCUUCCGAUGACGAGUAUACUCUCUACGGCGUUGUUGUAUUUAGACGAGUACAUGAUGACUUCGUGCAAAAAUGCCGCGAGAAUAAGUUCAUCGUGCGAGACUUCGUGUAUUCUGAAGAGGAAAUUGGCAAUCAGCGCCAAGAGCUCCAAAACACAGACACCACGGAAAAGGAACUUUGGACUGAGCUUCUCCACUUGUCACGGACGAAUUUCUCUGAAUCUUUCCAACUUCUUGUUCACCUCAAAGUUGUUCGUCUAUUUGUUGAGAGCGUGCUCAGAUACGGCCUUCCUGCUAACUACACUGGGCUUGCCAUUAAGCCGGAGGCCAAGUCAGCAAAGAAGCUAUUUGGUAUACUACAGUCACAUUUCUCAUAUCUUGGCUCACGCGCCAGCGGUGCACAAUCAAAGAUUAAGAAUUCGGAGGACUUUGUGGGAGAAUAUCAAUCACUAAUGGAACAGGACUUUUUCGAUUUCGUUAUGUACGAAGUACCUUGGAUCGUGAACUAAUUUAUACCACCUUUUCAUUGACAUUCAUACCAUUAAAUUUCUAUUAGUGAAAGUAUAACGAUACGACCAGCCCACUAUUGUAGGAAGCAAACUGUACACCAGAUGAGAUAUAGCGAAAAUGGUAAAAUGUGUUUCAGUGUUGUUGUAGGUACUUAAAUACAAACCGAACGGUAUUCGGUGAAGACGAAGGGUAAAAAUGUAGGAUAGUAAAGUAGAAUCGAGGAACAUAUUGUCCGAUAUAUCUUCGGCUUUUUAUGCAGACUCCGUCUUCUGGGAAGAAGGGUUCACAGAACAUCAUAAACCCAGAUUUGACAUCAUCCGCGAAGCUUCAGCAUCCACAUCGUCAGCUUCAUACGCUCCGCCCGACAUCUGUGGUACACCGAUGACGGCAGAGCGUGACGACAUAGGUGGACCAUAUACACUGGGGAAGGAUGGCGCAGUGGCUGAUGUCGGACU